CAACCCAACCGCAACACCAACAAUCCAAGAACCUGCAAAACUAAAGAGUAGUGAAUAACAAGGGUACAAGCACCCCCAUAAACACCCAUACCCUGACUAGAUACCAUCGCAAGGCAGACAGGCACCAGCACUGCGGCAUUGGUCUUCAGCGCAGUGCGUGGGUCUCGGUCUCUCUUUUGACCUCACCUCAUCUCACCAACUUCUGUCUUCCUUCUCUUUCGGCCUUUGUUGCCUGCUCCAUCUGGCUCCGAGGAUAUAAACACUCUGGUAUAUUCAGAGAUAGGAAAAGAUCUCUUGUGGUUUUCAAUUCUACAUCCCCUUCGUUCCGCACUGCGUGUCCGUCCCGUCGCGAAGUUGAAUCGCGGUGUUGAACUUGUCGCGUUUUCUCGUUCAAGAUGGGUUCUUAUCGCUUGGAGGAAGCCUCCACCGGCCGCGCCGGCUGCCAGAACAAAGAAUGCAAAGACGCCAAAACCAAGAUCGCCAAGGGCGAGCUCCGUUUCGGCACCUGGGUCGAUACUGAGCGUAUCCAGGCUUUUAUGUGGAGACACUGGGGCUGCAUUACCCCCAAACUCAUCGGCAACUUGAACGAGGCUAUUGACGAGGAAGGUGGUGACGGUGAAGAGAAGGAUUACUCCGUCAUCGAUGGCUACGAGGAUCUCUCUGAUGAGCUGCAGGAGAAGAUCCGUGGUGCGUUAGAGCAGGGUCAUGUUGAUGAUGAGGAUUGGAAGGGUGACGUCGAAAUGAACCGCCCCGGCAAGACAGGUUUCCGUGUUCGCAAGAAGGCCGGUGCUGCUGCGAAGAAAGACGAGGGGGAAAAAGAACCGCAACCUCCCAAAACCAAGAAACGCAGCAAAGCCCAAGACAACGAAGAGGACGAAGAGCCCGAAAAACCAGCCAAAAAGACCAGAAAGGAGCCCGCCCGCGGCACCAAGAAAGCCGCAAAGGAAGAGCCCGGGUCUGACAAUGCUGAAGAGGAGCCCAAGAAAGAGGAAGAGGAAGAGAAACCUGUCAGGAAGACUCGCGGCCGUGCUGCCAAGACUGCCAGUGCCGACAGAAAGAAGCAGGCUGAUGCUAUUGGUGAAGAAGAUGAUGAGGAGAUGGCUGAUGCUGAGAAGCCUGCUGAGAAGCCAAAGCGGGGAGGACGGAAGAAGAGGGCUACCUAAUCUUUUUCUAUUGUGGUAGUUUGUCCGUUGAUUGCAUGCUGCAUGGGGAAGGCGAAUGUGGGAGUAUCUACCGAUUUGAAGUUAUGUUGAGUUGUUUGCCUGGGUAUGCUGUUUGUGGGCGUGUGUCUUGUUCUGUACUCUAAUCAUCUCGCUGGUACUUAAUUAGAAUAGAGGAUUGCUUACAAAAGACUAC